CCAGUUUUCACAGACUGUCAAGCUGUAUAGAUAAGAGCCCAGUUAAGAAUUCCUGGUUUUCAUGUGUUCUUUUAGGGAAAUUACAGCCUUAUCCAAGAGGACUGGGGUUUGCAGAUGCCUGGUAUUUGGAAUUUCUUGUUUGUAUGCAUCUUUCAUCUUUCCUGGUCUUUUUACAGUGGAAGAAAUCAUUAAAUUGUGUUCUCUGGUUAAGCUAGGGCUUUUUCAUUACUGUCCCAGUUCAGCUGCCUAUUACAAGAUUGCAGACUACCAAAAGCAAGAUUGUAAAUUAAACAAAAGGAAAAGCUGUCAUAUGGUAGUGACUAGGAAGGUAUUAACAUAUUAAAAGUACAUAAAUCAAAGGGGCCCAAAUUAUGUUCCCUUUUCUUACCUUAAAAUGUCAUGGCUAGCCAGAAGGUGAAUGUUUUUAUUUUAGUGAUGAGCCCAAUCAAUGUGAUUUAAAUCAUGCGUGAUAUAUUUAUAGCAGAAUGAUUAAGUCGGAUGAUGUGACAAAACACUUAAAUUGUAUUUAUGGUCAUUGAUGGUUUUAUGCAUUAUUAGAGAGAAGCAUAGUUACACCAAAUUAAACGGGGACAUCUGAUCCAGACAUCAGUUCAGUGAUUUCAUGGGAAAAAAUAAAUCUAAAUGAGAAAAAAAUGUCUUGGUAUUAACUCCACUGUGAUGGUAUUACACGUUUUCCCAGUUAAUUAGUAACACAUAUUGUAGAACAAAUGUUUGAAACAGAAAUCUCCUGUUUUGCACAGCAGUUCGGGAGUUGAGCUUGGGGUCUGUGCUGUCCCACCACUUUGCCCUGUGACCUUGGGCAGGUCACCUCACCUCUGUGGAGCUGGGAAAUGCCAGGGACAUGUCUUGCCCCGUUAACAUUUUGUGGUGAUAAGUUAGUUGUAUGGUUGCUGCUAUUUAAGCAAACAGUGUGUCAACAUUUAAUAUAUAGAGAAGUACACAACUGUAAAGGGCAUAGCUUCUUGAAUGUUCACUCUUCUAACCGCCCCUGGAUUAAGAAAUAAAACAUUCGCAGAAAGACAAACUCUGGAAGUUCGCUCUCUUUCAUGGAUGCUAAAAAAGUUGAUAAUGUAAGUAGAGAGUAGAGCAGAGGUCACUAGAGACCACCAUGACUGGGGGAGGGGGUGAGAGUUUGGGAAACUGGUACCAAAAUACAAAAGAGAGUUUGAGGUUCUCGACACAGCAUUGAUUUUUGCAGAGAUGAAAAUGCAGUUACUCUGAUGUGGUCAUUACACAUUGUAGGUGCAUCAAAUUAGAAGUGCCCAUAAAUAAGUACAAAUUUUAUACGCCGAUCUAAAAAUUUACAAGGAGAAAUAAAACAUUGUCAGCAUCGUAGAAGCCCUCUUUGUCCUUCCUCUGUGUCAUGACUGUCAACCCAAAAUGUGAAAAUAAAUAAAUAAAUAAAAAGGGCCUGGUGCUGUGGUGUAGCUGGUAAAGCCCCCGCCUGCAGGUCUGGCAUCUGAUUUGGGCACCAGUUCGAGUCCUGCUCCACUUAUGAUCCAGCUCCCUGCUAAUGCACUUACAAAGCGGCAGAACAUGGUCCAAGUCCUUGGGGCCAUCACGAGGGAGACCUGAAGAAGCUCCUGGCUCCUGGCUUCAGAUCAGCCCAGCUCUGGCUGUUGCAGCCAUUUAGGGAGUGAAUCAGCAGAUGGAAGAUCUUUUUUUCUCUCUCUCUCUGCCUCUGCCUCUCUGUAACUCUGUCUUUCAAAUAAAUAAAUCGUUAGAAAAAAAUAGAGACAGAAAAAAGGGGAUAAUUUUUAGAAACUUUGAAAUCUGACUAAAAAUCAGAAGUUUUAUUCCUUUGUAUUGAUUAUUAUUAUUGUUAAUCCAGUCCACAAUUCCUUUCUUGCAAUUUUGAAAUCCAAACAGCUCUGAAAACUGAGCAUUGUUUUUUGUUGAGUUUUGAACAAAAUGAUCUGAUGUCAGACUCUGACUUGGAAGGAUGGGAGCAUUGGAGGUGGGUCGUGACCCCACGCUGCAGAGAGCAGACGCUGGAGUGCUUGCCUUGAGCCCCGCUGCGGUGUGUGGGCAGCACAGGCACCAUUGCUUAUUUUGUGGAAUGAAAAGGAUUCUAAACCUCAAAGCAGAUCUGGCUCCCUGGGUUUUGGAUGAGAGACAGUGGGCACCCACCACUACAUAGCUGUUUGUGAAUCAGUGCCUCAACUGGUUUUUGUUGUUGUUUUUUGCUUAAACUUACAUUAUUUGUAUUUGAAAAGUGAAACAGGUAUAAUUUUUGUUAUCUACCUCAUACAGAUCCAAACAUCAGUUCUGUAUUCUCAAACAUUUCCUUUCUAACUCUGUAUUUUUUGAAAAAUAAAUAUUUCUUUGGGAACCAUAUUAGAUUUCUAGAAAGGUAGCAAGUACAGAGUGUCCUCAUAUGCCUUUCACUUAGCUUCCCCUGUAGUUAAUGCGUUCCACAGCCUGAUACAUUGGCCAAAAUGGAGACAUUAAGAUCCUUGGGAAGCGCUGUGGUGCAGCAGGUUAAAGCCCCAGCCUGCAGUGCUGGUAUCCCAAUAUGGAUGCUGUCUCCAAUAUGGGUGUUCCGAGUCCUGGCUGCUCCACUUGCCAUGCAGCUCCCUGCUUUGGCCUGGCAAAGCAGUUGAAGAUGACUCAAAUCCUUGGGCCCCUGCGCCCUCUUGGGAGACCCAGAAGAAGCUCCUGGUUCCUGGCUUCGGAUCAGCACAGCUCCAGCCAUUGCAGCCAUUUGGGGAGUGAACCAGUAGAUGGAAAACCUCUCUCUCUCUCUCUCUCUCUCUCUCUCACUGCCUCUUCUUCUUUCUCUGUGUAACUCUGACUUUCAAGUGAAUAAAUAAAACUUAAAAAAAGAAAGAUCGUUACACUAUGAUUAACUGAACUGUAGGUGUUAUUCAGAUUUCCUUACUUACUCACUGACAUCCAUUUCCUGUCCCAGAAUCCCAUCCUGGACCCCACAUGGCGUUUAGUUCAUGAUUUCCCCUCUGUCUCCUCCGACAGUUUCUCAGCCUUUGUUUUCUAUAACCUUUACCACUUUGAAGAAUAAUAGGUAUUCUGUAGAGUGUCUUUUAGCCAUGUUGCAAUUGUUUGCAUACAUUUUUAAAAAGAUUUUUAUUUAUUUAUCUGAGAGGCAGAGUUACAGACUGAGGGAGGGAGAGACAGAAAAUGGCUGCAAUGGCUAGAGCAGAGUUGAUCUGAUGCCAGGAGCCAGGAGUUUCUUCGGGGUCUCCCACAUGGGUGCAGGGGCCUGCCCAAGCAUGUGGGUCAGCCCCCACUGCUUUCCCAGGACAUUAGCAGAGAAUUGGAUUGGAAGUGGAGCAGCUGGGAUUUGUACCGGCGCCCAUAUGGGACGCCAGCACCACAGGCAGCAGCUUUACUCACUGAAUGUUCUUGGUACUCUUGGGAAAAAUCAAGUGAGCUUGUAUGUGAGAAGUUGAUUUUUCUCCCUAGGCUCCCUCUCCUUACCAUUGGACUAUACAUCUCCCCUUAUGCCAGGAGCAUACUGUUUUGGUUAUUGUAGCUUUGUAGUUAAUUUUAAAAUCAAGAUUAUGAGUUUUUUAACUUUGUUCUUAUUUUUCAAGAUGUUUUUAGUUGUUUGGGUUCAUCCCUGAGAGUCUAUAUAAAUUUUAGGAUAAAUAUUUAUUUCUGCAAAAAAAGUGAUUUAGAUUUUGAUAGGGAUUGCAUUGAGUCUGUAGGUCACCUAACAUUAAGUCUUAUGGGGUAUGCAUUAGCAGGAGACCUGAAUUAUAUUCUGGGCUCCUGGUUGUGGCGUGGCCCAGCCCUGGCUGUUACAGUCUUCUGCGGGAAUGAAUCAAUAGAUGGGAGAUUUUUCUCUGUGUCUCUAAGCAAAACAAAACAAACAAUAUUAAAUCUUUCAAUCUAUGAACAUGAGAUGCCUCCACUUAUUUAUGUCUUCUCCAAUGUUUUUAAGCAAUGCUUUGCAGUUUUCAAUGUAAAAGUGUUUCAUCUCCUGGAUUAACUUUAUUCCUAAGUAUUUUAUUCUUUUUGGUGCUAUUAUAAAUGUAGCUGCUUUCAUAUUUUCCUUAAUGGAUUAUUCAUUACUAGUAUAUAAAAAUGCAGCUGAUUUUAUGUGUGAUUUUUGUAUCCUGCAACUUUACUAUUUAUUUACUAGCCCAAAUAGUUGUGUGUAUGUGUGUGUGUGUGUAAUCUUUAGGAUUUCUUUUUUUUUGACAGGCAGAGUGGACAGAGAGAGAGAGAGAGAGACAGAGAAAAAGGUCUUCCUUUUCUGUUGGUUCACCCCGCAAUGGCCGCUGCGGCUGGCGCGCUGCGGCCAGCGCACCGCACUGAUCCGAAGCCAGGAGCCAGGUGCUUCUCCUGGUUUCCCAUGCAGGUGCAGGGCCAAAGCACUUGGGCCAUCCUCACUUCACUCCCGGGCCACAGCAGAGAGCUGGACUGGAAGAGGAGCAACCAGGACAGAAUCCAGCGCCUGACUGGGACUAGAACCCGGGUGACAGCGCCGCAGGCAGAGGAUUAGCCUAUUGAGCCAUGGCGCUGGCCCAAUCUUUAGGAUUUUCUAUAUAGAUCUAUAAGAUCAUGCCAUUGGUGAACAGAAAUAAUUUUACUUUUUUUCCAAUUUGAACACCUUUCAUUUCUUUUGCUUGUUUAAUAGCUCUGAUUAGAGCCUCCCAUGCCUUGUUGAAUAGAAGUAGAGAAAGCAAGAAUCCUUGUCUUGUUUCUGAUCUCAGGAGGAAAGCUGUCAGUGUUUUACCAUUGGGUAUGAUGUUAGCUGUGGGUUUUUCAUAGAAAGCCUUUAUCAUGUUGAGAAAAUUCCCUUCAGUUACUAGUUUAUUGAGUAGUUUUAUCAUGAAAAGGUAUUGACUUUUGUCAAAUGCUUUUUCUGCAUCGAGAAAUGAUCAUGUGGGUUUUUUUUCCUUUAUUCUAUGAAUACUGUAUGUUACCUUGAUUUUUUGAUUAAACUAUCCUUGAAUUCUUUGAAAGUGCUGCUGAACUCAGCUUACAAGUAUUUUGUUGGGAAUUUUUACAUGGUAUUCAUAAGAGAUGCUGUUCUUUAGUUUUGUUUUCAUGCAGUAUCUUUGUAUGAUUUUGGUAUCCUGAUUAUACUGGCAUCAUAGAAUGAAUAGGAAAUAUUCCCUCCUCAUCAAUUUUUGGAAGAAUUUGAAAAGGAUUGUCAUCAAUUCUUUAAAUGUUAGGUAGAAUUUACCAGUGAAUCCAUCUGGCCCAAAAAUUUCCUUUAUUAGAAGCUAACUUUUUAUAUAUUUAUUUAUUUGAAAGGCAGCAUGAAAUAAAAAGAGAGAGAAAGGGGGUAUAUAUAGAGAGAGAUAGAGAAAGAGAGGUCUUCCAUUCUCUGGUUCACUCCCAGAUGCCUGCAACAGCUAGGACUGGGUCAAGUCAAAUCUAGGAGCCAGGAACUCCAUACAGGUCCCCAUGUGUGGGUGCCAGGAAUCUAAGUACUUGAGCUAUCAUCUACUGCCUCCUAGGAGCAUUACCAGAGAGCUGGAUCAGGAGCAGAGGUGAGAUCUGAUUCCAGGCACUCAGACAUGGGAUGUGGUCAUUCAAAAGCGAUGGUGUAACAUGCAGUGCCACAACACCACACCUUAGGACUUAACUUUUUUGAAUCCUGAUUUGAUCUUCUUACUUGUUAUAGGUCUUCUUAUAUUUUCUAUUUCUUCAUGGGUCAGUUUUGGUAGAUUGUGUGUUUCUAGACAUUUGUCCAUUUCAACCAUGACUGUUUGUAAACAGAACUACUAGAAAAUCAAUUGCUACUUGGUUAUUAAAUUACUUUCUUGUCUAAGAGUGAAAUUCAUUUUAAAUGACAUGUGACUUCUUUAUGAAAUACCAAGUACCUGAGCGGUUUGCUUGAAUAUAUUAUUAAUUAUGUGUAUUGUAUUUUUGCCAUAUAUUUAAUAAAAUAUUUUACUGUGUGUCUUAUGACCAAUUAAAAGUGGAAAGGUAUAUAUAAGAUUAUUAGGCUAUAUAAAAAUGAUUCCAAUAUCCUAGUGACAUAAUUUAUAUUUUAGGAUCUCUGUAGGGUUUUUGGUAGAAUACCAUUAUCAACAAGCAAUUAUCCUCACCUUUGGUAAACUGACUUUGUUUUUAUAUGGUCUUUAGCCCAUUUAAUUUGUGUAACAGAAUGAACCAGUGAUAUAUUUGGCUCAAGUUGUAAUUUCUCAAGUUUCUUUUCAGCAACUGGGUCAGACAGAGCUAGGAGAAGCAACGAGCAUCUGUGUGGCUCUUGAGCUUUGUGACUUUCCCCGUGCUUCCACCUGGUCCCCGGGAGUUGUUUUCUGGGGGAGUCAUUCAUUCAGCAAGUGUUUAUUGAGUGCCUGCUGUGUGCCAAGCACUGUUGUAACUACAGGCUUCCCAAAUUGAGCAGCACACGAAGCAGACAACUCCCUGGGCACUGGGAAAGCUAAGGAGUGAAGCUAAAACCAAAAGACAUUGGCCGGUGCCGCAGCUCACUAGGAUAACCCUACACCUGCGGCGCCGGCAUCCCUGGUUCUAGUCCUGGUCGGGGCGCCGGAUUCUGUCCUGGUUGCUCCUCUUCCAGUCCAGCUCUCUGGGAAGGCAGUGGAGGAUGGCCUAAGUGCUUGGGCCCUGCACCCGCGUAGGAGACCAGGAGGAAGCACCUGGCUCCUGGCUUCAGAUUGGCAUAGCUCCGACUAUAGCGGCCAUUUGGGGGGUGAACCAACGGAAGGAAGACCUUUCUCUCUCUCUCUCUCUCACUGUCUAACUCUGCCUGUCAAAACAAACAAACAAAAACCCAAAAGACAGUUUUUGUCCUCAAAAAGAUGAUUCAGUCAUCCAAAUUGUAGAGCUUAGAACCUCUUGAUCCUGUUUUAUUGUUAGGGUUAUUCAUUCUUGGGUAUGCCAUGUUUGUUGGGGCAGGGAUGUUCCUUAUGUCAGAAACUUGGGUAGCUACCUUUAAGGGGAAGGGGACACUGAUGAAGCAGCUGGCAACUUUAUGCAGGACUUCAGAAACAAUUCACAUACAAUUCAGAAUUGUAUGUGAAUCAAGCCACUGCCUCCCCAUAGCAGAACAUAUGGCAAAAUGGACAUCUAACCAUUUUGUUUGCAACAGGAAAUUGGACUCGAGUUACUAAAGCAAGGAAAGGCAGAUGAAGAAGAGUUGGGGUUUGAAUUUUGAGUAGCUCUGCUUGAAGUGAAGAGUUGAUGAUGGUUGGGGUUAAAGUAGUAAUUUCCAAACCACAGACCUGCCAACAAUAGUAAACGGAAGGUAACCAGUUCUGUUAGAAUAUGCUUUAGUACUGUGUUUUAUUUUAUUUUUGUUGCCACCACCAUUUAUUUAGCUAGUUCAUAACGAAGGAGAGAACACUAUAGUGGUGCUAAAAAUGCAAAGAAGUCCUUGCCCUUAAGGGGCUUACAAUCUCAUUAGGGAAAUAUAACAGAUGCAUAAGAAGUUGACUCUAAAAACGCUUAUGCUAACAAAUGCCACAAGACUUCAGAAGGCAGUGUAGUUCAGGAACACAAGAUGAGGAGUUGGGAAACCCAGAUUCUAAUACCAACCUGACAGGUCAGCGAACCCUUGGGGUUUAUAAGCCUAGCUGCAGACUGCAGUAGUGAGAUUUCAGGGCUAUCUGCUUUGUUUCUGUCAUGAUUCAGAUCCAAAGCUGAGGCAAGUUUUAAAGAGGUGGCACCUGAGCAGGACAUGGAAGGUAGGCAGAGAAGGCAUUUCAGAUAAGGAGAGCGGUGCUCAGGCAGGGAAAAGCGUGGGGCUCUCAGGGGAGAAGAGUUGAGUGCCACAGGGAAUAACGGAAUGAGGUAAGUGGGUGGCCGAAAGCCAGUUGUGGUUACCCUCAGGCACCGGCCACCCAGGAGGGAGCUGUGUGCCUCCCGUCCAUGUCCAGUUACAGUACAUCAUUCCAGAGAGGAGAAAACACAGGGGGCUGGCGCUGCGGCUCAGUAGGCUAAUCCUCCGCCUUGCGGCGCUGGCACACCGGGUUCUAGUCCCAGUCAGGGCACCGGAUUCUGUCCCGGUUGCCCCUCUUCCAGGCCAGCUCUCUGCUGUGGCCAGGGAGUGCAGUGGAGGGUGGUCCAAGUGCUUGGGCCCUGCACCCCAUGGGAGACCAGGAGGAGCACCUGGCUCCUGCCAUCGGAUCAGCGCAGUGCGCCGGCCGUGGUGGCCAUUGGAGGGUGAACCAACGGCAAAAGGAAGACCUUUCUCUCUGUCUCUCUCUCUCACUGUCCACUCUGCCUGUCAAAAAAAAAAAAAAAAAAAAAGAAAACACAGGGGACAGUGGCAGCAUGCUAUCAAACACUUCACUCGAUUUCUAGAAAGCAAAAAAUAAUUUAACAUUAUACCUCUAUAUCACAAAAUUGACAUUAAUAUAUUGUCCCCAUUGUCAAAAUGUAAACUAAUUCAAAGUUAAUAUUUUUAGUAAAGAAAAAUCUCUCAAUCCAAAAGGACAUAUGAUACAAAUUAUAUUAUCCCCCUAACUCCAACGUUGGUUUUCUACUGUGUUCCACAUACUGUGGAAAUAAAAAUGACUAAGGACAAGGGCCCUGCCCUUGCAAAGCACAAGCCUGGUAGGUGAGGCCCUCAAGUGUGCUCACCUGGCGUGGACCAAGAGGCGUGGUGUGAUGAAGGUGUGAGCAGGACGGAGGUGUGAGCACAAUGAGGCAUAAGCAGGAUGCUUGAAGACUGAAGGAUUUUCAGUCUGGGCUCAGAGGAGAGAGGCUGAUGGCUCCAGGAGAAAUGAGUGUGGCAGGGAGAAAGUGACUAUGGGAAGGAGACAGCUCCUAAGCAGCAGACGCAUGUGCCCAUAAAGGGAGUAGAAGCGCAGUAUUUUAAUCAAACACCAUUUGAGAGUUCCAGCAAGUUUGAAACAUGCUCCACCCAAAUUUGGGAAGGAAUUGGAGGCCCAGUGGACUCCUACAGCGAGUGAAAUGUGUGUUGGCAGAGUAUCGAGUCUGUGCCUCAAAGGCUGUGUCUUUACCUCUUGAGUUACAUUUUCAUUGAGAGGGCAGAACUGAAUUUUUUCAGGUGUUGUUGCUUCAAAGGGUUCUUGAAGCUGCCAUACCUGAUUGAAUUUCCUUAGGGUAUCCACAGGCGGAGAGUGAGAUGGCACCCAGGGUGUUAAAAUCCUUCAGUUUUCCGACUCCUGCUGAGUGCUGACCCAGAGUCCCCUGCAGUUUAACUGAGGUGCUUAUUCAUCUGCAGCCUGGAAGCCCAGGAUUGGAAACUUGACACGAAAUAAAUAAUUAAACUGCGGCUUCCACAGGUGCAGAGGGCAUAAAUAAUCCAACUGCAUGCUCCCCGGGCAUUCCGUAUCAGGGGCCAUUUAGAUUUAAUGCCCAGGCACUCACUGGUAACUGAAUAUGUCAGAAGGCGCCUCCUGCCUGGGACAGGGAAAGGGUGCUGUUACACAGCGGUGUGCCUGCCUGUCUGCUGGAAGGCUGCCUCCGCCCUCUGACGCUCCUGGAGACCCUUUGCUAGCCUGGUCUCCAAGGAACUUCAUCUGCUGCUUGCUCAAUCCCAAGUGCCAAUAGCUACCGCGUACUCCUCUUCUGCCGAACUGAGGGAGUUGGUAUAUGGAAGGGAGAUCCAAGAAAAUGACUCAUUUAAUCAGAGACAUUGAGGGAAGCAGAGGAGUUCGCCGAUGGGAGUGGACUUCAAAAACUUUAUUCUGCGAGUCAUGAGUUUGAACCUGAGAUCAUUUGAGCGUUGAGGAGUGCCUGAAAGUAGGUGUCAUUUUCUGCUUCAACAGCAAAUCCUGUGGAGGGCACUGAGAAGUAGCAAUCCAUUUUCUGGUGACCAAGGUGAGGGCACAAGUACUGGCUCUAAUUAUGUCGGCGUCACUUACUUGGCUUUGCGCACGGUACCAAUCUAAUAAAAGUUUGUUAAGCGAGCAAAUGAGAGACCGCUGGUGCCUUGCGGCGUUUUGUCCUUCCUGAUGGUGGUAUUGUCUGUUCCGGGGACUCGAGGGGUGAGGUCCCUGGAUCCGCAGCAUCUGAGUCCACCUGGGAGUCUGUUAGGAAUGCAAAAUUCUCAGGCUGUUGCAGAUCUACUUGCUGUACCUCUGGGGAGGGGGGAGGCAGGGUUCUGUUCUAACAAACCUGGGGAGUCAGGUGCCUGCUGAAGUUUGAGCACCGUUGGCCUUGAGCCCUGCAGCAAGGAAGGUGAGUUAAGAAUCCUGCACACUCCCACUGCUCUCGUCUGUGGGAAGCCACCACAGCUGGCUGUAAGACUCAGUUUCAGUCCUUAGUUGCAGGGGUUCCCUGCCCCUCCCCAGCACUUCUCACCCAGGACCCAGCUGGUUCCGGCUUCCCCCAGAUCUCAUGUUUCCAGAUUCUCUGCUCUGUCACUUCUAGGAAGAUGGAAGUGGGAGGCAUCCUUCUCUUUGCUGCUCACCUGGAGAAGGUAGAGCUGUCCCGUCGGGCGUUAGUUGAAUGGCCAGCAGGUGCCAAGCCUGGGCAGUAGUGCAUGGGGUGCUGUCCUUGUCCCCAGGCCCUUAGGGAGGUGAAAACCAUUGGGGGGGGGGGAAGGUGCAUUCAAAGGCCUGUAUCAGGGAAUGCCCAUUUGAGCCAAGGGCAGACCUGGGCUAGGGAGGGUGUGCUGAGAGAAGCUUCCUGGAGGAAGUGAUGCCCUGGCCAGGUCUUAGAGGGUAAGGAGGGUGGCAGCAGGAAACAUGAGGUGGAAGGUGCAGCAUCACUUAAAGCACUCUCCACGGAGUUCCCUGUUCAGCUCUGGGGGACUCUUUGUUUACCUACUUUUGUACUUUUUGAAUUGAGUUAUAACCUACAGAUCACAAAGUGCAUCACCUGUAUGUGUACAGCUGGAUGAAAUUCUAAACAUUCCUCACUCUUGAAACCACCACACAGAUGAAAAUGGGGGGGAAUUCCCAGCCUCCCAGGGGCUCCCUGAUACCCUCUCCAGUCCAGGGCCCCCUUUGUACCUGUAUCUGUAUGUGUGCCACCACAGAUCCGUUUGUGGGGAACUUCUUAGAAACUUUAUCCUGUGUAGCCAAAGAUUGCUGACAGGAUGAAUACAUCUUCAGAGGUGUGCUUUAUUUGAUCUGCACAAUGAAUGUUUUUUCAAAGUCAAGUUCAUUGCUAACAUUUGAAGUUGGGGGAUUUCACAUAACCGUUAAAAGGUGUGGUACUGUGGCUCACACAUCUUGGCAGCUGUGCUGGGCUGCAGUCAGGCAGGGGCUGAGGGUGGGGUGUCUGCUCUGCCACCGUCUCCACCUGCUCCUGCUGCUCACCUUCAGCCAGUUACCCUUCUGUUACCUGCCUGGCCCACGUGGCAGCUAGCAGUCCUCGCUGUCCAGCACUGUUCUGUUUCUUGGACUGGGGCCUCCAGCAAGGCCAAGGGCACUUAAUAAUUUUUAUGCGUUCAUUCCUCAGCAUUUAUUGAGCACUGACUUUGAGCCUGGCACAGGCCAGGUGUUGGGGUAGAGGUGCUCCCGGGCAGGACUGGGGCAUCGUUGGUUGGUAGCUAGAAUGUGGCACAGGCCUGCCUCUGCAAGUGCAUUUCUCAUUAUCCCUCGGAGCCAUCGUGCUGGCUGUUUCCUGGCUCCGGAGUCCACCUUGUCCUUUAGAAUCAUCACACUUCUGCUGUCUCCAUCUCCUCUAUCCUCCCUGACUCUCCCUCACCCCUCCCUCAAGCCUUUGAGCAAGUCCCACCUCUUCUAAGAAGCCUCUGCCGGCCAGCCCUUCCCUGGGACUGCCCUUCCUCUGUGCUCUUCCCUCCACAUCUCCCAUCCAUCCCCCUCCACUCAGUCCUGAGUCACUCAUUCCCUCACCUUGGAAUACAAAGGUACAUAGCGCAGGGACUUUGCCUUAUGUGUCUUAGGGGUGUUCUGCCAAGCCCCGUGCAGCUCUGAGCACGACACAGGCACCCAGGAAGCACCGGAGAAGAGGCUGCGGGUGGCAGGUCCUGGGGCGGGCAGAGAGGAGAGCACAAGAGGGCAGCACCCCCACCCCCACCCCAGGAGGUGUCCUCACUGUUGGGAGCCUUGGGGGAGCUUGGCCGGAGGGUUUUGACACUCUGUAAGGAAGGCAGACACCCCAGUCGGCGUCCACAGGCAUUCGGGGCAGUGUCAUAUGAGGUGGCGCUUAAAGGCUCUCUUCUUACAGCCUGACGGAGUGUCCCUUGAGGGUGGCAGGAGAAGCUUCCCUGGAGCUGGAAAGGAAGGUUUCAUUUUAAUAGCCAUCCUCACGCUCUUUCCAGAGCGUCCCACACUGUGCCACUUUCACCUCCCAUCUAGGUGCUGUGAUUGCCCGAGGCAGCUCAGGCUCAGCCCCACACCCUGGGGACUUCAGCUCCUUGAAAAGCACCUUAGUCGCUGGCUGAGGAUGCUGACCUUUCUGUAGGUGACUUCUGCUCCCUGUCCAGCCAGCCUGACCACAGAGAUGCAGGUGGGCAAGUGCCGCCAAGCUCCUGGACAAGAACCCGUUUUCGGCCAGUAACACGAACCCUCUGCUUCCUUCGCCUGCCAGUCUCCAACUGGCCCAGCUGCAAGCCCAGCUCACCCUCCACCGGCUAAAGCUGGCACAGACGGCUGUCACCACCAACACUGCGGCCGCCACGGUCCUGAACCAAGUCCUCUCUAAAGUGGCCAUGUCCCAGCCUCUCUUCAACCAGCUGAGGCAUCCGUCUGUCCUCAGUGCCCCCCACGGCCAUACUGGGGUGCCCCAACAUGCUCCGGCCAUACCCAGUGCCCGGUUUCCCUCAAAUGCCAUUGCUUUUUCACCUCCCGGCCAGACACGAGGCCCGGGACCGUCUGUGAGCCUUCCCAGCCAGCCCCCCAGUGCCAUGGUGAUGCACCCUUUCAGUGGGGUGAUGCCACAGACUGCUGCCCAGCCGGCAGUCAUCCUGGGCAUUGGGAAGACUGGGCCCACCCCGGCUACCACAGGAUUCUACGAGUAUGGCAAAGCUAAUGCCGGCCAGGCAUAUGGCAGUGAGACGGACAGUCAGCCUGGCUUCUUGCCAGCCUCAGCCUCCACCUCGGGCACUGUGGCCUACGAAGGGCACUACAGCCACGCAGGGCAGGAUGGCCAAGCUGCCUUUUCUAAAGACUUCUAUGGACCCAACUCCCAAGGGGCACACGUGGCCGGUGGAUUUCCAGCGGAGCAGGCCGGGGGCAUGAAGGGUGAGGUAGGAGCACUGCUGCAGGGUGUGAACAGCCAGUGGGAGAGCCCUGCUGGGUUCUCUGGCCCAAGCAAGCCUGAUCUUACAGCAGGGCCCAACCUGUGGCCACCACCCCCCAGCCAGCCCUAUGAGCUGUACGACCCCGAGGAGCCCACCUCAGACAGGACCCCGCCUUCCUUUGGGGGUCGGCUUAAUAACAGCAAACAGGGUUUCAGUGGGGCCCGGCGGCGGGCCAAGGAGGAGCAGGGGAUGCUAUCCCUGCGGCCCCUGCAGGCCCACGAGCUGAACGACUUUCACGGCGUGGCCCCCCUCCACUUGCCGCACAUCUGUAGCAUCUGCGACAAGAAGGUGUUUGACUUGAAGGACUGGGAGCUGCAUGUGAAAGGGAAGCUGCACGCGCAGAAACGCCUGGUCUUCUCUGAAAGUGCUGGGGUGCGGUGUCUACUUGGUUCUGCCGAGGGGACUCUGCGUGCCUCUCCCAACAGCACGGCUGUGUAUAACCCUGCUGGAAACGAAGACUAUGCCUCAAAUCUUGGGACAUCAUAUGCGGCCAUUCCAGCAAGGACAUUUGCUCAGUCAACUCCCGCGUUUCCUGCAGCUUCCCCUGGGACGAAUUUUGCACAGCGGAAAGGUGCUGGUCGUGUGGUGCACAUCUGCAACCUCCCAGAAGGAAGCUGCACCGAGAAUGACGUCAUUAACCUGGGGCUGCCCUUUGGAAAAGUCACGAACUACAUCCUCAUGAAGUCGACUAACCAGGCCUUCUUAGAGAUGGCUUACACAGAAGCUGCCCAGGCCAUGGUCCAGUAUUACCAAGAAAAAUCUGCUGUGAUCAAUGGUGAGAAGUUGCUCAUUCGGAUGUCUAAGAGAUACAAGGAACUGCAGCUGAAGAAACCUGGGAAAGCCGUGGCUGCCAUCAUCCAGGACAUCCAUUCCCAGAGGGAGAGGGACUUGUUCCGGGAAGCAGACAGAUACGGCCCAGAGAGGCCACGGUCUCGCAGUCCAGUGAGCCGGUCCCUCUCUCCAAGGUCCCAUACACCAAGCUUCACCUCCUGCAGCUCUUCCCACAGUCCCUCAGUCCCCUCCCGGGCUGACUGGGGCAACGGCCGGGACUCGUGGGAGCACUCUCCCUAUGCCAGGAGGGAAGAGGAGCGAGACCCAGGCCCCUGGAGGGAGAACGGAGAGGACAAGAGGGACAGGACUGACACGUGGGCGCACGAUCGCAAGCACUACCCCCGGCAGCCAGACAAGGCCGACCUGGAUGAGCGACUGGAAGGAGGGAGGGGCUACCGGGACAGGUACCCAAGGUCUGGGUCCCCCAACCUCAUCCACUCUGCGUCCAGCUACAAAAGCCGGGAAGACGGCUACUACCGGAAAGAGCCUAAAGCCAAGUCAGACAAGCAUCUAAAGCAACAGCAGGAGGCCCCUGGGAGAUCCAGGAGGAAAGAAGAGGCCAGGCUGCGGGAGAGCAGGCACCCCCACCCCGAUGACUCAGGCAAGGAAGACGGGCUGGGGCCCAAGGUCGCUAGGGCCCCUGAGGGCGCCAAGUCCAAGCAGAGUGAGAAAAAUAAAACCAAGAGACCUGAUAGAGACCAAGAAGGAGCUGAUGAUAGAAAAGAAAGCAAAAUGGCAGAGAAUGAGGCUGGAAAAGAGGAACAAGACAGCGCAGAAGAAAGCCCUGCAUCCGUGGGCGGACAGGAGAAAGAAGCAGAGGCCUCUGACCCAGAAGACACAAGGACAAAGAAGGAGCAAGACUGGGAGAGUGGAAGUGAGACUGAGGGGGAGAGCUGGUAUCCCACGAACAUGGAGGAGCUGGUCACAGUGGACGAGGUGGGGGAAGAAGAAGAUUUUAUCAUGGAGCCAGACAUCCCAGAGCUGGAAGAAAUCGUGCCCCAGGACCAGAAAGACAAAAUCUGCCCUGAAACAUGUCUCUGUGUGGCAACCAGCACCUUGGACCUGGACUUGGCCCAGGAUUUCGCGGAGGAAGGAGUGAAGCCCUUGGGGAGUGGGGCUGCGGAAAUGAGCCUGAAGCCGCCCAGACAACUGCCUUCUGCUGCGACGAGCUGUCCCAGUGACAUGGACGUGGAAACGCCUGGCCUAAAUCUGGAUGCUGAGCGGAAGCCAGCUGAAUGCGAGACCGGCCUCUCACUGGAGGACUCAGAUUGCUACGAGAAGGAGGCAAAGGGAACGGAGGGCUCAGAUGUUCAUCCGGCCCCUCCAGUCCAGCAAAUGUCGUCCCCCAAGCCAGCAGAAGAGAGGCCCCGGCAGCCUAGCCCAUUUCUCGAUGACUGCAAGGCCAGGGGGACCCCCGAAGACGGGGCUUGUGGUGGAGGCAGCCCCCUGGAGGAGAAAGCCAGCCCCUCCACCGAGACCGACCUCCCAAGCCAGGCUUGCCAAGGAGUGUUGACCCAGGAAAACCCCAGGUACCUGGAAGUGAAAUCUCUGGACACGAGGGCCCCGGAAUACACUGAAGCGGAGCUGAAGCAGCCCAUUUCGUUGCCGUCCUGGGAGCCAGAGGAUGUGUUCAGUGAGCUCAGCAUUCCUCUAGGGGUGGAGUUCGUGGUUCCCAGGACCGGGUUCUAUUGCAAGCUGUGUGGGCUGUUCUAUACCAGCGAGGAGAUGGCCAAGGUGACCCACUGCCGCAGUGCUGUCCACUAUAGGAAUUUGCAGAAGUACUUGUCCCAGCUGGCCGAGGAGGGCCUGAAGGAGCCCGAGGGGGCAGGCAGCCCCAGGCCCGAGGACAGCGGAAUCGUGCCGCACUUUGACAGGAAAAAGCCCUGAUGUUUCUGCCGCCGCCGCUGCCGCCGCUGCCACUGCUGCUGCUGCUGCUGGGGGGUAAGAAGGACCUGCUACGGGCCUCGCCCUGCGCCAGACAGGCCUGAUCCCGAUCGGAAGGAGAGCCUGGCAGAGAUGUGUAGAGCGUCUGAAGUGCCUCCAGGAACCGUGUCACCCGGCUCCUGGCCUGGCCGCAGCGGUCACCACCCCGCUCCUGGGGGACCUGGCCUCUUUCCAACAGCCUUUCAGUUCACUGCUCGCCCCCCCCCAACCCCUGCAUCUCCCGCCCUCACCCCCUCCCUGGGCCAAGGAGUGUUUCUUUUUCACAAAAGCCAGCUUCUCAGGGAUCUUCACAGUGCCCGAAUUCUUGCUGGGAUAGAACAGGCCAGGCCAGGCUGCCAUGCACGGCCAAGUUUAGCAGCAACGCCUGUGUCAAGAGAAGCACUUCAGGGCCUCAGUGCGCCUUCUCCGCCUGGCGUCUGCGUGUCUGCGCGGGGCAGCUGAGGGGGCCCCUGCGGUCCCAAGACGGGCACAGAAGAUAAUCAGAGGGCAGAGGCCGGGGCUGGCUUCCUGAACCCCUUCCCCCAGCUGCACCACCUUUUGGAAGAACUCCAGUUUUUGCUAACUCUCCUAGAAGUCUGCCAGAGUCAUGCCUUAAACGGAAAUUAAGUGCAUUUUUAUGGAGAAAGAAAAGAACCCUACAUUUUGGAAGCCCAGAUCAAUUUCAUCCAAAUUUCCCUCCAUCAGCAGAUGUCAGGGUUUGCCCUCUCCUGAGCGAUGAAUUGGAUAUGGAGCCGCUUCACUUAAAAAUGAAAUCAAAAAUGCCUUCUCCCUGCAGCCGAGACGGCUGCUGCCGAGGCUUAGGUCUGCAAGGGUGGCAUCAGCUCCAGUGAUAGUGGCGAGGAGGUGGCCCUGGCCUUGGUUUCCCCUUGGUGCCUGCACCCCAGGUGCACUGACCUCCCCCGAGUGGCCCCCGAGCGCAGGAGAAGUGAAGGAAGAGAGGGCUGUAGGUGUUUGUAGGUGGGUCCCUUCCAGCCUGGGCAGGGGGCGAGGGCUCCCGGCGCUGACCGCACGGGCCGGCUUGGAUGGCAGAAUGCUGCAGAGGACAGAGCCCUCAUCCCCACACCGCCCCGUGCUGUGCCCCGGCCGGGGGAGCGGGGUCUCGAGGUGGUUGUUCCUUCGGCAGGGGCUGGAACAGAGGUGUCGGGGCGCAGGAGGCACUAUGUAGCUAUCGGGUGGACCCUGGAAGUCAGCCGGGAGCCUCGUGCUGUUUCCUGGGCCGAGACACUCCUCUGCAGGUGCCUUCUGGGGCUCAGCCUGUGAAAAGUAAAAUAAGGGGGAGGGGUCUCCCUCCCAGGGGUCCCCCCCAGGAGAUUGCUGUUUGCGUUCCUGACUGUGGCCAGGAACGCUGGGAAGGGGUUGUGCGGGGUUCUUGUUUCUGCAGUUUUCUUUUAAUGGUAGCUCAGAGCACCCUGCACCUUCUGUCCUCUGCACCAGUGGAAGAGGGGGUGGCGAGAUGCUCAAGUUCACGCUGACGGGUUGGGGGGAAACCGAGGCACGGGAAGGAAACCAGGGUGGAACCGACAGUGAUCACUGUCAGCUGAGCGUGAGGCUUCUGGCGGUCGCCGCUGAGGAGAGAGCGGUUGGGAGCCUGGGAGAGGAGAGCUAUGCACGUACCAGGCAGGGCUGCUGGGACAGGUGUGCUGAAGAGAGGCUGAAGAGGAAGGAACCCCGCCCCCCCCACUCUCCCCCAGAGAAGGCUGGGCUCUCCGGCCCAGACCCUCCCCGGGCUGACUCUGCUGGUUUUAACGCCGCACUCUGACUACAGCUACGCUGCUUCCAUUUCCCAGAAAGCUGCGCCCUGUGCGUCUCAUCCCUCCGGGGGCGAGGCUGGGGCAGCCCUGUGGCCUCCCUGCUGAACUUUGCUGGGAAAAACCUUCAGCCUCCAUGAGAGGCGCUGAAGGCACCAUCCCUGCAAAGUGGGCGCAGCCCCUCCUCCGCGGCGUUCCCAUGGAAACCCAGAUGGCCAGGUCCCCCAGCGAUGUCCUGGCUCCCUUGCUGAAACACUGACCGUCUUCCUGGAGGAAGCCGGAGGAGCCCCUGGAAGGGAGAGCGGAGAGGUUCUCUGUGCAUUCGUUGAGAACCCUCAGUUUAAAACCCUGUAAGAUUCUCUACUUGGGUGUACAUAGGUAACUUAUUUUAUUUAUUUUUGUACAAUUCCAUCAGCAUGGCCCUUCACCGACCCUAUCAUUCGCACUUCUGAUUCCUAUGGAUGUCACACGGUGCAGCAGUAAAAGCCACUGGGAAAGGCUGAUUUCGUGGAGCUUUUCCUCAGUGUUUGUCACCCACUUCAGUGUCUCACCAGAAAACUGCUCAAGGGCGGUUGCUCCCUUGAGUGGCAGAUUCACUUCUGCUCUGGGUUAUUCUAACAAAAGGCCUGUGCAAUUUUCUUUUUGUUGUGACCACCUGCAAAAAAGUAGAUCCAGACAAUAUUCCCAAAGAAUUUGGCGACCUUGGCGUUGGCGUGAGCAGCAGCCGUUAGUGUCAGUUUCCCAUUUUCAGACAGUCCGAGGCCGUGAUCAGUUAGAUUGUACUUGAACUGGACCAGAGUUUGUUUUGUGACUUCAUGGAAAACAAACAGAAAAACAAACCCACUAGUUAAUUUAAGUUUGAACUUGUAAAGUGUUGGAAUUUGUUGAGUGUCUCAUAAAUUGUCACCACUUUUCCUUAUCUGUAUAACUGACCGCGAAGUGUUUUUACAAAAGGAAAAACCUGAUUUUUAAUAAAGAGAAUUUGAAAGCUUGUGAGUAA